AUGGUUCCCAACUCCCCUUCUACCUCUGCAGGAAGUGAGUUGCCUGUGUGUGCGAGCUGCGGCCAGAGGAUUUAUGACGGCCAGUACCUCCAGGCCCUGAAUGCUGACUGGCAUGCAGACUGCUUCAGGUGCUGUGAAUGCAGUGCCUCCCUUUCACACCAGUACUACGAGAAGGAUGGGCAGCUGUUCUGCAAGAAGGACUACUGGGCCCGCUAUGGCGAGUCUUGCCAUGGGUGCUCGGAGCACAUCACCAAGGGUCUGGUCAUGGUGGCCGGGGAGCUGAAGUACCACCCCGAGUGCUUCAUCUGCCUCACGUGUGGGACCUUCAUUGGUGACGGGGACACCUACACACUGGUGGAGCACUCCAAGCUGUACUGUGGACACUGCUACUGCCAGACCGUGGUGACCCCCGUCAUCAAGCAGAUCCUGCCUGACUCCCCUGGCUCUCACCUGCCCCACACAGUCACCUUCGUGUCCAUCCCAGCCUCAGCUCAUGGCAAACGUGGCCUCUCGGUCUCCAUCGACCCCCCUCACGGCCCGCCAGGCUGUGGCACAGAGCACUCCCACACCGUCCGCGUCCAGGGAGUGGACCCGGGCUGCAUGAGCCCAGAUGUGAAGAAUUCCAUCCACGUUGGAGACCGGAUCCUAGAAAUCAAUGGCACGCCCAUCCGGAAUGUGCCCCUGGAUGAGAUUGAUCUGCUCAUCCAGGAAACCAGCCGCCUCCUCCAGCUGACCCUUGAGCACGACCCCCACGACACCCUGGGCCAUGGGCUGGGGCUUGAGCCCAGCCCUCUGGGCUCCCCAGUGCACACUCCCAGUGGGGAGGUGGGCAGCUCUGCCCGGCAGAAGCCUGUCUUGAGGAGCUGCAGCAUCGACAGGUCUCCAGGUGCCGGCUCACUGGCCUCUCCAGCCUCCCAGCGCAAGGACCUAGGUCGCUCUGAAUCCCUCCGUGUGGUCUCCCGGCCACACCGCAUCUUCCGGCCGUCAGACCUCAUCCAUGGGGAGGUGUUGGGCAAGGGCUGCUUCGGCCAGGCCAUCAAGGUGACGCACCGUGAGACGGGCGAGGUGAUGGUCAUGAAGGAGUUGAUCCGAUUUGACGAGGAGACCCAGAGGACGUUCCUCAAGGAGGUGAAGGUCAUGCGUUGCCUGGAGCACCCCAAUGUGCUCAAGUUCAUCGGGGUGCUGUACAAGGACAAGAGGCUCAACUUCAUCACCGAGUACAUCAAGGGGGGCACCCUCUGGGGCAUCAUCAAGAGCAUGGACAGCCAGUACCCGUGGAGCCAGAGGGUGAGCUUUGCCAAGGACAUCGCCUCAGGGAUGGCCUACCUCCACUCUAUGAACAUCAUCCACAGGGACCUCAACUCCCACAACUGCCUGGUGCGUGAGAACAAGAACGUGGUGGUGGCCGACUUCGGGCUGGCACGGCUCAUGGUUGAUGAGAAGACUCAGCCCGAGGACCUGCGAAGCCUCAAGAAGCCAGAUCGCAAGAAGCGGUACACUGUGGUAGGCAACCCCUACUGGAUGGCCCCCGAGAUGAUCCACGGACGCAGCUAUGAUGAGAAGGUGGAUGUGUUUUCCUUUGGCAUCGUCCUGUGCGAGAUCAUUGGGCGGGUGAAUGCAGACCCCGACUACCUGCCCCGCACCAUGGACUUUGGCCUCAAUGUUAGAGGCUUCCUGGACCGCUACUGCCCCCCAAACUGCCCCCCGAGCUUCUUCCCCAUUACUGUGCGCUGCUGCGAUCUGGACCCUGAGAAGAGGCCUUCAUUCGUGAAGCUGGAACACUGGCUGGAGACCCUCCGCAUGCACUUAGCUGGUCACCUGCCACUGGGCCCACAGCUGGAGCAGCUGGACAAGGGCUUCUGGGAGACCUACCGGCGUGGCGACAGUGGACUGCCUGCCCACCCAGAGGUCCCCGACUGAGCCUGGCCCACCCAGCUGCCCUGUCCCCACCUCUGGAGAAUCCACCCUCACCAGAUUCCUCUGCAGGAGGUGUCCAGGGGUGGGGCCUUGGCCAGAGCAGGCCCUGACUUGCCUUCUCCCACCCUGCAGCUGGCGCCCCCACCCUCCCUGUGCCCCAGCCCCAGUGCUGGCCCAGCUGCACGCAC